AUGAUAUUUCAUUCUGCAUUCAUAGGUUAUAAGAUAUUUCAUUGUGUAUCGAUAGAUUAUAAGAUAUUUCAUUGUGUAUCGAUAGAUUAUAAGAUAUUUCAUUGUGUAUCGAUAGGUUAUAAGAUAUUUCAUUGGGUAUCGAUAGGUUAUAAGAUAUUUCAUUGUGUAUCAAUAGGUUAUAAGAUAUUUCAUUGUGUAUCGAUAGGUUAUAAGAUAUUUCAUUGUGUAUCGAUAGAUUAUAAUAUAUUUCAUUGUGUAUCUAUAGGUUAUAAGAUAUUUCAUUGUGUAUCGAUAGGUUAUAAGAUAUUUCAUCGUGUAUCAAUAGGUUAUAAGAUAUUUCAUUGUGUAUCGAUAGGUUAUAAGAUAUUUCAUUGUGUAUUGAUAGGUUAUAAGAUAUUUCAUUGUGUAUCGAUAGGUUAUAAGAUAUUUCAUCGUGUAUCGAUAGGUUAUAAGAUAUUUCAUUGUGUAUCGAUAGAUUAUAAGAUAUUUCAUUGUGUAUCGAUAGAUUAUAAUAUAUUUCAUUGUGUAUCUAUAGGUUAUAAGAUAUUUCAUUGUGUAUCGAUAGAUUAUAAUAUAUUUCAUUGUGUAUCUAUAGGUUAUAAGAUAUUUCAUUGUGUAUCGAUAGAUUAUAAGAUAUUUCAUUGUGUAUCGAUAGGUUAUAAGAUAUUUCAUCGUGUAUCUAUAGGUUAUAAGAUAUUUCAUUGUGUAUCGAUAGGUUAUUAG